AUGGCUGCUUCUCGCAAAGUCUCCACUUGCCUUGCAGGCAUACCCAUCGAAGUUCUGCUUGAGAUCUACCUUCACUUAGAUGUACAAGCUAUAUUUGAGCUGUCGAUAACCAGUAGGGACUUCUAUUCGUUCUUCCAGCGGCGCAAAGUUGAAAUUCUUCUACCUGUUCUUCUGCGAGACUUCAAUCCUUUUGACGAACUUUUACAAGUGCACACUGCCUCAGUUGAAGAUGUUAGCAAUGGCGGUCAAUAUAAACCACGAAAAAUAGUGCUUAAGCGUUUUGCUGGAGACGAAGGACUGGUUUUUAGUCAAGGCUCCUGUGUACCGGAUUCGGCCAAGACACCUGGACCAGCUUCGAGUGCCAUCGUCUUAACCAAGGAUGAUCUAACUCGUCUUCUAAAAAAAUGCCGGCUUGUAAGGGAGUGGGAGGGCCUAUUUCCUCAGAUGAGAUGGUUUCAUCAGCCUGAGGAUUGCCGGCUUCUCCGGUCCCAUGAACUGGUGCGAUUUCGAAGAGCAUUAUAUCGAUGGUGGAUGUACGGAAUCCAUUUUCAUGGCGACGCUCCGAGACCUCGUAUCGGACACCCCGAGCCUUACGUGAAUGAUAUUCGCACCAGUCAGAUGCGCUAUCAUUCAACGGUCGAGUUGUUGGAGUUGAUGGAUUUGUUGGAGACUGUCAAGGAUAUAAUCUUGCAUUAUAUCUGUCCACGCUUGGACCCGAAUGCGCAAGAGCACUCUUUACAUUCUGGUUUGGUCGAUAUUUCUUGCAGAAGUCAGUCUCUGGCAACCAGCUGGACCGACCAAAGCCAUUGGGGGCGAAUCGUCAAGACGUAUUUGAAGCUCGGUCCUGAGGAGCUUCUGCAUUACUUUAACAACAUCUACAGCUACCCACGAAAACGACUCUUGGCUGCCAUUCGGGUCCAGCACCCAAAUUUGGCGUUUGAUCAGGAAUCGAUCCAAGUCGCCGUGCGGUGCGUGCUUGAUGAGCGCAACUGGUUGGAUAAGAAGAUCAACCUGGCGGAGCAUAGAUCGGGAGGCAUAGUCGACUUUGACGACGCAAGAGACGAUUAUCAAUCAGUAUUGCAGACAGAUGCCAGCCCUAAUGGGCAGUUACCCCAUGGCACACAAUUUAUUCAGUCUGACUCCCGGUACUCGCCAAGAGGGGAUGACGGUUCACUUUUGGACGAUUACCUGCGACCGCAAAGUCACAAUCCACGUUUUAUUCUUUCUGCCGCUUUGGAGGCACUGGAAUAG